AUGAGGUGACCUCUACAUUUUAUAUGAAGACACUGAUUUACCAUUCAACUGUGAUCCAUCUUAUAACAUGGCAAUCCGAUACAGACAGGAAGAUAAAACUGAACAACACAGCUAAAAUAAAGUGUAUUCCCAGAAUACACAUUGUGGAAAAAGGAUGAAGUUGACCAGCGAAAAGUUGCCCAAGAACCCCUUUUAUGCCUCCAUAUCUCAAUAUGCUGCUAAAAACCAAAAAUCCUUCCAAUGGAAAAAGGAAAAGACUGAUCAUUACACCCAUGCUAAUUUGGUGGAUAAGGCAUUGCAGCUCUUGAAGAAAAGAAUACUGAAAGGAGACACUCUGGCAUAUUUCCUGAGAGGUCAACUAUAUUUUGAAGAGGGAUGGUAUGAAGAAGCAUUAGAACAGUUUGAAGAAAUCGAGGAGGAAGACCAUCAAGCAACUUACCAGCUAGGAGUGAUGUACUAUGAUGGGCUGGGGACCAUUCUAAAUUCUGAGAAAGGGGUGGACUAUAUGAAGAAAAUUCUUGAUUCUCCAUGUCCCAAAGCAAGACACUUAAAAUUUGCAGCUGCUUACAACCUCGGAAGAGCUUAUUAUGAAGGAAAAGGUGUUAAACGAUCCAAUGAGGAAGCCGAAAGACUGUGGCUUUUCGCAGCAGACAAUGGAAAUCCCAAAGCUAGUGUGAAGGCUCAAAGUAUGCUCGGGCUGUAUUACUCAACCAAGGAGCCCAUGGAGUUAGAAAAGGCAUUUUACUGGCAUUCAGAAGCAUGUGGCAAUGGAAAUCUGGAGUCCCAGGGUGCACUUGGUCUCAUGUACUUGUACGGACAAGGCAUCCGGCAGGAUACGGAAGCUGCCCUGCAUUGCUUAAGAGAAGCAGCAGAACGCGGAAACGUCUAUGCUCAAGGGAAUCUCGUGGAGUAUUACUAUAAGAUGAAAUUUUUUACAAAGUGUGUUGCAUUUUCUAAAAGGAUUGCUGACUAUGAUGAGGUGCACGACAUCCCCAUGAUUGCCCAGGUCACAGACUGUCUCCCGGAGUUCAUCAGCAGAGGCAUGGCAAUGGCGUCCUUCUACCACGCAAGGUGUCUCCAGCUCGGCUUGGGCAUCACCAGGAACGAAGCAACGGCUAAGCACUAUUAUUCUAAAGCUUGUCGUCUGAACCCCGCACUGGCAGAUGAACUUCACUCCUUACUUAUUCGUCAAAGAAUUUAGACCACAGUGUAUUUCAACAAAGAUCAUCCAUGCUAACACCGUACAAUGUGUGUAUCUUUAUAGUAGCUAUGACUGGUUAUUUUGCACAUCGCAAAUUACACUAUCCUGGGUAUUUUACAGGUGACAUGUUACUUCGUUCUUGAAUUUGUACGCGGUUAAAUUUUGCACCUUGAAACCUAGACACAAGGUCAAAUUGCUGCAAGAGUCCUCAGAGGUCCACCUCUUACCCUACAGACUGGCCUAGACCAUAUCAAGUAUCAAAACCAUUCUACACAGCAAGUCUCUUUUUUUCCUUUCUUAAAUACCAAGUCUCCAAAAAGACUUAGUUUAGCUUUAGUAAGUUCAGAAGUAGAAAUGAUACAAACGUAUUUAAAACCAUCAUUUGAAAGUUUAAUUCUUUAAAUUUGUCUCUUAGUUUUGUGAAUUUUGAAUAAUGUUUAAAUUUUGUUUCAGUCAUUUAAAAUUUUUUAAUGUAAAUUCACGAAACUAAUUAAGGGUAAAAGACAUUUAAAGAAUUAAACUUAAAUAAGUGUGUGUAGCAUUUCUACUUCUGAAGUUAUUAAAGCUAAAACUGCACUAAGCCUUUUGAGACAUCCUCUAUUCUUAAAAAGCUCAUAAAUAAUUGGCUAAUUUAUUACAUAUAAACUUCAAAAAAGUGAGUUAUAAGACACUGCUUUGGAAUCUUGCCCCUCCAAAUCUUCCCUCAAAGAUCUUAAUGUAAUGAGUAAAACAACUGCUAUAUAUGUAUGCAGAAUGUGUAAUAAAACAAAAAGCAAUUGCUAUUUGAAAAUAUUUAUAAGUAAGUUAAAGCAAAUUGUUUCUUUGUGCUUCAGCUCAUUUUCUACAUUUUUAAAACCCUGUGGUAAAAACCUGAAUGAAAUCAUCUACAAGAACUACAAGUAAAUACUGUUAAAUUAGCAAAAGGCUUUCCUUAUAUAGAUGACAUCUAUGAAGGCAAAAGGUGACAGUAAAAAUAGUAAGAUCCAUAUGCUUAAGACUGUACACGGCUAUUCAUUUGUGAAACAAAUAUACAUAUCGAAGACAGGUCUCAAGAGAUACCUUAACUAUCCCUUUUUAAAUAAACAUAUUAAAUGAUG